AGAACGGGAGUGGUUGGAGAUGGAGAGCUUUGAACCCCAAAGUGGAGAGAAGACGUUGCCAUGGCAAAGGAGGUUAGCAUACAGGCUUGGUGAAUUAGAGCUGGGCAUGGUGGCUCAGGCCUGUUAUCCCAGCACUUUGGGAGGCCGAGGAGGGCAGAUCACUUGAGGUCAGGAGUUCGAGACCAGCCUGGCCAACAUGUCGAAACCCCCGUGUCUACUAAAAAUACAAAAAAAUUAGCUGGGUGGGGUGGCGGGCACCUGUAAUCCCAGCUACUCAGGAGGCUGAGGCAGGAGAAUCGCUUGAAAUGGGAGGCAGAGGUUGUGGUGAACCAAGAUCUUGCCACUGCACUCCAGUCUGGGCGACAGAGCAAGAUUCUGUCUCCAAAAAGAUGAAUUAGUCUCUCUGCCUCUGCUUGUGAGAAGCUCCCCGUAUAGUGGAGAAAUGAUAACAAAAGGCUUCCGUAUACAUGAUUUCAUUUCAUUCUAGCACCAGUGUUGGUUUUUAUUGCCAUUUUACAGGUAAGAAAAUCAAAGUGUAGUGAGGGGAGGGGAAUUACUUAGGGCCACACAAUUUGUAUCUGACCAGCCAGAUCUGCUAAGUCCAUGCUCUUUCAAAAGUGGUUCAAUAAAUUAUUUCUAAAUUUGACAAUGCCGAGUCCAAGUAUUUGUAUACUUUUUCAUUAUUUCACAUACUCCUGAGGGAAGGUAAGGCUGAUAGAAAAUCACCAAUUUUGGUUGAUUUUAUUCAGUAAUACCAGAGGGGAUAAUUUAGACUUAAGAACAUUGUCUGUUAUGAGUAGUAGUGUUCUGAGUUUUAAUUUCCUUGCUUUGGGACUUUGCCAUAGAGACUAGAAGAUGUCAUAGUGAGAGCAAGAAUAAAAGUAAAAGAAAGUCAUACUGGCCGGGCGUGGUGGCUCACGCCUGUAAUCCCAGCACCUUGGGAGGCCGAGGCGGGUGGAUCACGAGGUCAGGAGAUCGAGACCAUCCUGGCUAACAUGGUGAAACCCCGUCUCUACUAAAAAUGCAAAAAAAAUUAGCCAGGCGUGGUGGUGGGCGUCAGUAGUCCCACCUACUCGGGAGGCUGAGGUGGGAGAAUGGCGUGAACCUGGGAGGCGGAGCUUGCAGUGAGCCGAGAUCGCGCCACUGCAUUCCAGCCUGGGUGACACAGCGAGACUCCGUCUCAAAAAAAAAAAAAAAAAAAAAAAAAAGAAAGUCAUACUAGAAGGCUCUCUAAUCUUAACUAGGAUUAAAAAAAUAGAAAAUAGGAAAAUGUGAGAACAACAGAGAUUUAGUUGUUUAAUUCUUAAAUACAUUACAGAAUACAACAACAACAAAAUUAGAAUAUCACAUUGUUAGUCUCUUAAUAAUUUCUUUGGUGUGACCACCAUUUGAUGUUGACAGCAAUUUAGGAUAACAUUACAUGGUCACAGAAUAUUUUGGACAGUAUUAUCUGAUUCUAAGAAAUUUUCAAUGAAAAAAUAAUAGGGCUGUUUUUGGUGUGCUAGGAAGAUGCAGACCUUAUAGAAAAUUUUAGAUUUAAAUGCAGAAGAAUCUAAUAAGCUAUUUUAAGAAUGUAAGUAAAGAUAGCUUCCUUCAAGGCUUGGGAAUGCUGUAAUGCAGAAAUAUGCAUUAAUGCAAAAUGAUGACAAUGCCCUUUCCCCACAUCAGAUUAUCAGAGAUUCUUAACAUUUGGAUGGGAGAAUGUCCUGAGUCCUCUGAGAAUAUGUUGGAAGCUACUGACCUGUUCCCUGACAGUGUUUAUAAUAACAAAUAAACAUUCCACAGAUCAUGAGAGCAAACAAAACAGGAACAAUCUAAAUGUUCAUUAGAAGAGAAAUACAUGUGGCUUGUUUGAUAAUAUGGUAUCAAUAUGCAUAGGUGUCACAAGGGUAGUGUUUGGUAAAGAAGCAAGUUGUAGAAAGAUGCAUAUCUGAAACCAUGUAAGAAAAAUGUCAAAAACACAAAAUAGCCCGGCCACGCCGCGCCGGCUCUGGGCACUCAGCAUCGUUUCCUUUUCCUCCGCUGGAGCAGCUAUGGCGGCAGUGAAGACCCUGAACCCCAAGGCAGAGGUGACUCGAGCGCAGGCGGCGCUGGCGGUUAACAUCAGCGCGGCGCGGGGUCUGCAGGACGUGCUAAGGACCAACCUGGGGCCCAAGGGCACCAUGAAGAUGCUCGUUUCUGGCGCUGGAGACAUCAAACUUACUAAAGACGGCAAUGUACUGCUUCACGAAAUGCAAAUUCAACACCCAACAGCUUCUUUAAUAGCAAAGGUAGCAACAGCCCAGGAUGAUAUAACUGGUGAUGGUACGACUUCUAAUGUCCUAAUCAUUGGAGAGCUGCUGAAACAGGCGGAUCUCUACAUUUCUGAAGGCCUUCAUCCCAGAAUAAUCACUGAAGGAUUUGAAGCUGCAAAGGAAAAGGCCCUUCAGUUUUUGGAAGAAGUCAAAGUAAGCAGAGAGAUGGACAGGGAAACACUUGUAGAUGUGGCCAGAACAUCUCUUCGUACUAAAGUUCAUGCUGAACUUGCAGAUGUCUUAACAGAGGCUGUAGUGGACUCCAUUUUGGCCAUUAAAAAGCAAGAUGAACCUAUUGAUCUCUUCAUGAUUGAGAUCAUGGAGAUGAAACAUAAAUCUGAAACUGAUACAAGCUUAAUCAGAGGGCUUGUUUUGGACCACGGAGCACGGCAUCCUGAUAUGAAGAAAAGGGUGGAGGAUGCAUACAUCCUCACUUGUAACGUGUCAUUAGAGUAUGAAAAAACAGAAGUGAAUUCUGGCUUUUUUUACAAGAGUGCAGAAGAGAGAGAAAAACUCGUGAAAGCUGAAAGAAAAUUCAUUGAAGAUAGAGUUAAAAAAAUAAUAGAACUGAAAAGGAAAGUCUGUGGCGAUUCAGAUAAAGGAUUUGUUGUUAUUAAUCAAAAGGGAAUUGACCCCUUUUCCUUACAUGCUCUUUCAAAAGAAGGCAUAGUCGCUCUGCGCAGAGCUAAAAGGAGAAAUAUGGAGAGGCUGACUCUUGCUUAUGGUGGGGUAGCCCUGAAUUCUUUUGACGACCUAAGUCCUGACUGCUUGGGACAUGCAGGACUUGUAUAUGAGUAUACAUUGGGAGAAGAGAAGUUUACCUUUAUUGAGAAAUGUAACAACCCUCGUUCUGUCACAUUAUUGAUCAAAGGACCAAAUAAGCACACACUCACUCAGAUCAAAGAUGCAGUGAGGGAUGGUUUGAGGGCUGUCAAAAAUGCUAUUGAUGAUGGCUGUGUGGUUCCAGGUGCUGGUGCCGUGGAAGUGGCAAUGGCAGAAGCCCUGAUUAAACAUAAGCCCAGUGUAAAGGGCAGGGCACAGCUUGGAGUCCAAGCAUUUGCUGAUGAUGCAUUGCUCAUUAUUCCCAAGGUUCUUGCUCAGAACUCUGGUUUUGACCUUCAGGAAACAUUAGUUAAAAUUCAAGCAGAACAUUCAGAAUCAGGUCAGCUUGUGGGUGUGGACCUGAACACAGGUGAGCCAAUGGUAGCAGCAGAAGUAGGCGUAUGGGAUAACUAUUGGGUAAAGAAACAGCUUCUUCACUCCUGCACUGUGAUUGCCACCAACAUUCUCUUGGUUGAUGAGAUCAUGCGAGCUGGAAUGUCUUCUCUGAAAGGUUGAAUUGAAGCUUCCUCUGUAUCUGAAUCUUGAAGACUGCAAAGUGAUCCUGAGGAAUACAGCUGUGGAAUUUUUGUCCAAGCUUCAAAUAAUUUUGAAAGAAAUUUUCCCAUAUGAAAAAAGGAGAGAACACUGGCAUCUGUUGAAAUUUGGAAGUUCUGAAAUUAUAGUAUUUUAAAAAAUUGCACUGAAGUGUAUACACAUAAAGCAGGUCUUUUAUCCAGUGAACAGGAUGUUUUGCUUUAGCAGCAGUGACAUAAAAUUCCAUGUUAGAUAAGCAUAUGUUACUUACCUUGUUAUUAAAUAAUUCUUGAAAAGCAAAAAAAAAAAAAAAAAAAAACACACACACACAAAAUAAGACUGUUAUUUGGGGGUCUAUACAUUUAUUUGUAUAUGUGUACAUAUAUGUAUUUGUGUGUAUAUUAUUUAAAAAAAUAUAGGCCGGGCGUGGUGGCUCAUGCUUGUAAUCCUAGCACUUUGGAAGGCCGAGGCGGGUGGAUCACCUGAGGUCAGGAGUUCGAGACCAGCCUGUCCAAAAUAGCAAAACCCCGUCUCUACUAAAAAUACAAAAAUUAGCCUGGCGUGGUGGUAGACGCCCGUAAUCCCAGCUACUCGGGAGGCUGAGGCAGGAGAAUCGUUUGAACCCAGGAGGAGGAGGUUGCAGUAAGCUGAGAUUAUUCCACUGUACUCCAGCCUGGGCGAUACAGUGAGACUCCGUCUCAAUAAAUAAAUAAAUAAAUUAAUUAAUUAAUUUUAAAAAAUCCACAGACUAGAAAGAUCCACACCAAGUUCAAAAUACUGAAGGGGGAAAGAGGAAAGGGAGAUGACUGAGUCAGUAAUGUUUUCUUUGCUUUACAUAUAGAAAAAUCCAAAGCAAAUAUGAUGAGAUAUUAUUCUAGGCAGUUGUACAUAUAUAUUUCUUUGUUAUCCUCUGUAGUUUUAACAUCUUUUCUCAGUUCAGAUGAAAAAAUACAUAUAAUUCUUCAUUUAACUUCAGGAGGUUUAUAAACCCCUGAAGCCCAUACAGUAGCAUUCCAAGAAUUACAACUAACAUUGUCUUGAAAUGAGUAUUAGGGAGUAUGGUCAAUUUUGGAUCUAUGUCAGGUUAUUUCAAUGACAGUUGACAUACAGUCGCAUCAAUAGUGAGUCCCACUGACUAUUGUGUAAAGAGCCAUUGGGGAUAUGUCUCCCAAUGGUCAAUACAUCUUAGCUCUGCUUAGCCACCUUUUCUUGUGUUAGCUUUUGGUGUGACCAAUCACCCAAACUCAGUAACUUAAAUAAUAAACGUUAUACUUUCUUAUGAUUUUGUGCACUGGCGUGGCAGUUCUGGUCUCAGCUGGUUCAUUCAAUCACUGUGGUCAGCUAGUGGCUUGGCUGGGAAUGGAUGAUCUAGGGUGGCCUCACUCACAUGUCUGGUAGUUGGUCCAGUCUCAGCUGGGGCCAUGGGAUGGCUUGGCCAUGUGUCUCUUGUCACAACAGUCUAGCUCUGGCUUGUUUACAUAGUAGUGGUCACACCACAGGGUUCCCAAGAAAAGCAAGGGUACAAGCUCCAGGGCACACACAUUUUUCAACCUUUGCUUGCAUCAUGCUUGCUAUUAUCCCCAUUGGCUGAAGCAAGUCACACUGUCAAGUCCAGAGUCAUUGUGGAAGAGGACUGCCCAAAGGCUCAGAUUCAGUUCCCUACCCUCAACCUUUUCUGUCAACUUUCCUACAUUGCGGGAAUACUUGGAGGCAGGAAUAGAUUGAGUGGUAGCUCCAGUUUUCUCUGGCUGAUCCCCUGAACCCCUGUGUUUGACAGAAGCCAGCAUGGCUCCUGCUCUGUCUGCUGCUGCUUUCCCAAGCAAGGCAUGAGGAAUUGGAGCUGAAGUCCUUUUGUAGUGAUGAGGCUCAGUCUCAUUCUAAAACUGCUAUCUUUUGUUGGGGGAAAAAAGGGCAAAAACAGAAGCUAACAAGAAGAAAAAUCAUUUUCUAUCUGCUAAAGGGUGCUUUACAAGAAUAACAAACAUUUUACAUUAAGUCCAAAGUUAGAGAGCAAUGAAUCAUGCCAAACCAUGCUGGGCUCCAUGGCCUGCUGGACAGAAAGGGGAGUGCAGGCCUUCCAAGGUGGGGACAAUACUUCUUGCUGCCCAAUUCUGCAUUUUCGCCCACCUCUGAGCUGUCCAUGUGAAGAAAGACAUUCCUCACAGAGACAAAAAUUCUUUUUUUUUUCCCCUUGGUUGAAAGUCAUGUCUUUUGGACUGUAAGAUGGUUCUCAAAAUAACCCUGUGUCAAUUCCAUAUUCUGUGAGCCACAGAUUGUGCUAUCUGUGGGCUCCUCAAGAUGUGAAUCGAGUAGGAUUAGUUUAGCUUCAUGCCCAGAACUUGUACAGGACGUGAAAAAUUCCUUAACCUACUGAUCUUUCACUUUGACUUUCUGUUCUGUCUUUCAAUCAAAAAUUUAAAAAUACGUAAGUUGGAGAGAAAACAAAUCCCUCAACUUCAGCAAUUGACAACUCAUGACCAAUCUUGAUUUCACUGUUCUUAUCUUCCCCUGGUUUCUUUAGAAGCAAAUCCUAGAUAGCAUACCAUUUCAUCCAUAAAUAUCUCCAUAUUAUAUUGGCUUUCACAUAGAGCAAAGCUAGACACUAACUGCUCAUUGGACUGAAAGAAGAGAUAUACUCAGAGAACCAAAGCAAAUAGCUUCCCUUUAACUUUUAAUAGGAGUGGCUUUGUUUUAUAGAACUUUGUAGGCAUCUCCAGCCACUGAGGGGACUUCUUCAAGCUUGGCCCAGCCUCAUCCACAGAAGGAUCUGGCAGUGAUAUCUUGGCAUUCAUAGUCUCAGUGUGCAGGACAGCAUUGGUUCCCCACCCUACAGUCCCAGCUGUACCUAGGCACUAUCAUAUGUAUCAUGGUAAUGGCUAUGGAAAAUAAUAUCCCUCCCUCCCUGCCUCCUUUCCUCUCUUCCUCUUUUUAGAGAUGAGGUCUUGCUGUGUUGCCCAGGCUGGUCUCAAACUCCUGGCCUCAAGUGAUCCUCCUAUCUCAGCCUCCCAAAGUGCUGGGAUUACAGGUGUGAGCCACCGCAUGCAGCCUCUUUCUUUUUUGACAGGGUCUUGCUCUGCCAUCCAGGCUGAAGUGCAGUGGUGUGAUCUUGUCUCACUGUAACCUCAACCUCCUGGGCUCAAGAGAGCCUCCCAUCUCAGCCUCUUGAGUAUCUGGGACUACAGGCAUGAACUGCCAUGCCUAGCUAAUUAAAAAAAAAAUAUAUAUAUAUAUAAAAUAUAUAUAUAUACACAUACAUAUAUAUUAUAUAUAUACACAUACAUAUAUUUAUGUAUGUAAAAUACAUAUAUUUUUUACAGGGUCUCACUAUGUUGCUCAGGCUAGUCUAGAACUCCUGGUCUCCAGCGAUUCUCCUGCCUUGGUGGCCCAAAAUGCUGGGAUUAUAGGUGAGAGCUACUGUGCCCAACCUUGUUUCUUUCAGUGACCAAAUAGCUUUAAAUAUAGAAUGUCAAGAUGAGAAGUAUCCUGGAGACCACUUCCAGGGUAGUCUAUGAAAUUGUUUGUGUCCAUAUUCAUUCUUAAGUGAAUUUUUUCCUGGGAAAAAGAUUCAUAAAUCCCCAAUGUGGUUCAUGGUCUCCCCAAGUGACCCUUUAAGGUCCAGAGAACUGUAGUGGCCUGACCUAGGUCUCUCAGUUACUUGGCAAGUUAAUAGCAGAGUUGUCCCUAGAAUACAAGUCUCUUAACCCACAGUUCAGGAAUUAUGGUCGUAAACCUGCUUUUACUGGAAAUGUUUGAAAAUCAAACAUAAUAGAGUAUUAGAAGAGAGGUUCAAAGUGGUACAUUUUUCUGUGAUCACAAAGAGAAAUGCAUUCAAUACAGACUCCAAAUAAAUAUGUCAGGGACAUAAAGUUUUUACUUUAUAUAAAUAAUUGAAAACCCAUUUUCCUGGUGAGGAUACAUUGAUAUUAAUUAUAAAAUUAGUAUUUAAUAGUUGAAGGACAUAAGAAAUUGCUGGGCCUUAAUAUCUGGACUCUGGAGCAGAUUUCUGUGCUUUGUUUCUAUGAUCUAGAACUAGGGCUUGGGGUGUAGAAAAACUGGGAUGGCCUUUUCCUUCUAGCUCUUUCUCUCACACACCCUCACACCCCAUACCCAUCUUCCAACUAGUGUGCUUUUCUUUCCCCACAAGGCCUCUUGCCCAUCCUCUCCUUGAAGCAUUCAUCUGGACUUGGAAAGGAUGAGGAGAGCUGGAGAAGGCAGGAGACCUAGUUUGCGCCUGCUGAGAAGUGAGGAAACAUAACUAAGGCCAAUAAACGAAAGGGAGCUCUCUCCCCCUCCUCAUCCUCCUCUUCCUCCUCAUCCUCCUCUUCCUCUUUCUCCUUUUUGUCCUCCUCCUCCUCUUCCCUAAGGCUCUCUUGAUACUCCUUGGUCCAGCCCUGCUUAGCAACUCUCCAAGCAAGCAUGGAGGACAAUGUGGCAAGCAUUGUCUGCUCUAUGGAGACAAGGAGACAUCCUCCUCUUUGUUUGGGGCUAUGAGUCAAGAGUCUUCAGUUUUUUGCAGCAGUUGUAUUUAAGUGUCAGUUGACAAAAGUGAAUGUUAUAUGCUCCAAUUAAGAUGUAGUGAAUUGUGACAUUCUACCACUUGCCAAGUCCUGUGAUUCCACCUCUGCAGUGUGGCUACACUCACCUAUAUCAGCUGACCAAAUUCAUCCACUUGGUGUUUCCCUUUCAGGCUUAGAUGUUCUCCAUCUUCAGCUUGUGUCUGGCUGGAAUCAAUUCCUCCCCCUCUCCAUCCCGUCAGUCCAAUUCUUCUUUUAAACCAGCCUUAACUCUGCCUUCUUGAGCCUCAUCAUUGAAAAUUACCUCCUUGGCAAGGUAUGGUGGCUCACGCCUGUAAUCCCAGCACUUUGGGAGGCCAAGGUAGGUGGAUCACCUGAGGUCAGGAGUUUGAGACCAGCCUGGCCAACAUGGUGAAACCCUGUCUCUACUAAAAAUACAAAAAAAAAAAAAAAAAAAAAAAUAGCCAGGCGUGGUGGUAGGCACCUGUAAUCCUAGCUACUCGGGAGGCUGAGACAAGAGAACUGCUUGAACCCGGGAGGCGGAGGUUGCAGUGAGCCAAGAUUGCACCACUGCUCUCCAGCCUGGGCGACAGAGUGAGACUUGUCUCAAAAAAAAAAAAAAAAAAAAGUUAUCUCCUUCUUCAAAA